CUCUUUACCAGAUCCAAUUCCAUCAUGACAACAAAUCAACAAGAACCCAUCUCGUCUUCAAUCAUUCAAUCAGUUCCAUCUCAACCAUCAACUCAUCAUCAACAUCAUGAUCAAUACUCUGGUACAAUUUAUGAUCCAGAUGCUGAUCUCAUCCCUGUUCAACAAGAUGACCUUAUUCGACUCAAGAUCUUUAUCCCAUUCGCUACCCUAAGCGCUCUGUUUGCAAACCUUGUCUCAGCUAUAAUCAUCAAACCAUCCAUGGGUGAAAUCAAUAAUCGAUACUAUACACUUGUCACUCCCGAUCCGAUCUUCAUUGGACUUUAUUGGAUUGUUCUUUUUACUCUUCUCGUCGUUCUUACUUUUAUGAUCGUCUUUACUUCUAAUCAAAGAUAUCGUACUGAACAAACUAAACAACUAUUUGUGAACGCUCUGGGAUUUCGAUACGUUCUUGCACUCUUUUGUUUCACACUUUGGCCCUUUUUCUGGGCAGGUCGAUUGAUGAGCGUUGCAGCAGCUCUUUUGAUUAUAAUCUUUGGACUCUUACUCUCAAUACAUUUCUCAUUACUUAGGAACUUUCCUACUUCUGCUCUUAAAAGGCCAUUUAGUUUCUUAUUUGUUCAUUUACCGCUGCGUCUUUUCUUGCUGGUUCUUUGGCAAGUCGAUAUACUCCAAACUGUUUUGAUUGCUUUGGGUUGGUAUAAGAUUAGACCUGAUGGAGAAUGGGAAGCACAUCAUCGUGCGCAUGUUUGGAUUGUCUUUGGACUUAUCAUUGCAAUUGGAGUGAUCAAUUCGCUUGUGACCCUCUUAAUGGAAGAUGUGAUAUGGACCAUUGGAUCAAUUUGGCUCACAGCAGGUGUAAUAAGAGGUGGAGGUGGUAGAAUGGGAAAAUUAGGAGAAGAACCUUUAUUAGCUGGAACCAUGAUUGGAUUAGCAGCACUUCAAUUGCUUUGUUUGGCUGGUACAAUUGGUGCUAAGAUUGGUAGGGUUAGAAAACUUAGAAGAGAACAAGCUAUUCAAUUACCUGUUGAUGAUGAUCCAUCUGUUAUUGAAGGAUAGUUAUUUUCUUCUUCUUUUUCUCAAUCAAGUUUUGUAUCAUUAUUCUCAAAAGCUCAGUUACCAUUAUUUCUUUUAUUUUUUUAAGUUAUCAUCAUUAGCAUCAUUUGAAAUUUCUCCUCAUUGUUUUCUCUUCAGACUUAUUCAUAUAAAAAGUUGAAUAUCCAAGC